ACUCCGCACAACUUUCAAGAGCAGUCACCAAAAACCCACUCACAGCCCAUCCGGAAGGGUGAGAGGAAAAGAAAAGAAAAGAAAAAAGAACAGCCAACAAUCAUGGCAUCCCCCGAGGUCCUCUCUCAGCUCACCUCUAUCGAAACCUCUUCGGCCUCACAGGGCGACAAAUCCCACUCCUUCAUCGCCCUCCUCCAGCCAAUCCUCACAAACUCCCCAGCAGCCAGCCUGGAAGCCAACCUAAAAGCCUUCGUGGACACGAUCCUCAGCGACAACGUAGGCAUAGUGACCAGCCGCCCGGUGCUAAGCGAAUACCUCCAAACGCUACCGUCCCUCGCCCCGGAGCUGCAGAAAUCCCUCUACACCUACACGCUGGACAAGAUCUCGCCAAAGAUCGUCUCCUUUGAGCAAGCAGACUGCACAAUCCGCCUGGCCCUUGCAACCCUACACGAAGCCUCGGAGGACAAUGCGCAGGCGGCGCGGGUGCUUGAGGGCAUCCAGCUAAACCCGCACCAGCGGCAGAUCACGGACGAGUUCAGACUGGAAGUGUACAUCCGGAUAAUGCGCAACCUGCUGGAGGACGACGAGAGCAUAUCCGCCGACAGCUGGCUCAACCGUGCCACCCUCAUCAUACACAAGAGCACGGAUGCCAGCCUCAAUCUGAACUUUGCCAUGUGUCAGGCUCGCAUACUCGACGCGAAGCGGCAGUUCCUGAACGCGUGCUCCAAGUACCACUUCCUCUCGUUCUCGAACCUUGUCGCGGAGGCGGAUAAGUUGCAGUGCCUGAGCGCUGCCAUGACUUGCGCGAUUUUGGCACCGGCCGGGCCCCUGCGUAGUAGGAGUUUGGCAACGCUGUAUAAGGACGAGCGCGCCCCGCAGUUGCACAGUGACUAUGCGCUCCUAGAGAAGAUGUAUCUCGAUCGCUUACUCUCCGCCAAGGAGGUGGAGGAGUUUGCAGCGCGCCUGCGCCCUCAUCAGAAAGCCUUGCAGAGCGACGGGACCACGGUACUUUCCAAGGCUGUUAUCGAGCAUAAUUUGCUUGCUGCCUCGAGGCUUUACAACAACAUUGGGGUGGAGGAGCUUGGCGUACUUCUUGGUUUGUCUGGUGAGAAGGCGGAGGAGUACGCUGCCAGGAUGAUCGAGCAGAAGCGCAUGAAUGGCCAGAUAGAUCAGAUUGAUGGGUUGAUCUACUUCGAGAGUGGCGGUAGUGGCGGGGCUGGCGGCGUGGUCGUCGGCAGGCAGAUUAGAAAGUGGGAUGAGAACGUUGCCGCUUUGGCCUUAGAGGUGGAGAAUAUCACCAGUAUGUUACAGAGCGAUUAUCCGGUAGUUUGCCCCCUCUCCCCCCCUUUCUAUUCUCUAAUUGCCAACAAUGGCUGA